AUUUUUCCAUUUAGGCCUAAAUUAUAAGCCUUUUUUUUUUUAGAGGUAGAGGAUGCAAUAGCUUCGGAUAGAGUAAAGUCCAUGUUCCUUUUCUGGUAGACCUCUUUUCUUCGACCCAUUGCUUGUCAUUGCCAGUAGUUCCAGUUGUCAUCUUUAUCUGAGGCGCAGGUUUCAUAUCCUUAAGUCUAUUCACGUGGUUAAGAUAGAGGUAGAGGUUUUUUCUCUAUGUAUUUGGUUUGUAUUGGUCUGGUACGGAGUGCAUUCACGGUGGGAAAUGGCUGGUAAAAUGCAUGUAGUCAUGCUUCCAUGGUCGGCCUUUGGCCACAUGAUUCCGUUUUUUCACCUCGCCAUCGCCAUAGCUAAAGCAGGAAUCCGAGUUUCACUGGUAUCUACUCCGAGGAACAUCCAGAGACUCCCUAAACCUCCACCAAAUUUGUCAUCUCUGAUAAAGUUCGUGGAACUUCCCAUUCCAGUAAUGGAGAAUGGGAAUAUCUUGCCUGAGGGUGCUGAGGCUACUGUUGAUAUGCCCUUUGAAAAAAUUCAGUACUUGAAGGCUGCUCUUGAUCUCCUUCAACACCCCUUCAAGCAGUAUGUUGCUGAUACUUCACCAGAUUGGAUAAUCAUCGAUUUCUUCUGGCAUUGGGUCAGUUCAAUUGCUCGAGAACAUGGUGUACCGCUCGUGUACUUCUCUGUUUUCUCGGCUUCCACACUUUCCUUCCUUGGGCCUGCUUAUUCCCUCGUCGGAGAUGGUCGAAGGAGACUUAGGCCAUCUCCGGAGAGUAUGACAUCACCGCCGGAAUGGAUCAGUUUUCCAUCUUCAGUGGCUUUCAAGGGCUAUGAGGCAAAAGCCGUCUAUUCCGACUUCUUUACUGAUAACGCUUCUGGAACAAUUGAUGCUGCAAGAUAUGUCGAGAUCAUUAAUUCAUGUCAAGCCGUGGCUGUGCGUAGUUGUGUGGAGUAUGAAGGUGAAUACCUGAAUUUACUUGGAAAUCUCAUGGGCAAGCUGGUGAUUCCUGUGGGUUUACUCCCGCCGGAAAAGCCAGAAGGGAGAGAAAUUCAAAUCACUGAUGGGUCAUGGGGGGAGAACUUCAAAUGGCUUAAUGAACAAAAGCCCAAGUCAGUUGUGUUUGUAGGGUUUGGGAGUGAGUGUAAGUUGACAAAAGACCAAGUUCAUGAGAUAGCUUAUGGGCUAGAGCUAUCCGAAUUGCCAUUUCUGUGGGCACUCAGAAAACCCGACUGGGCUAUUGAAGAUGCCGAUGCCCUACCUUCCGGUUUCAGUGACCGGACCUCCGGCAGGGGGAUGGUGUGUAUGGGAUGGGCACCACAGAUGGAGAUUCUAGAACACCCAUCAAUCGGAGGUUCAUUGUUUCAUUCUGGGUGGGGUUCAGUGAUAGAAACCCUUCAAUUUGGCCACUGUCUUAUUGUAUUGCCCAUCAUUAUUGAUCAAGGUUUGAAUGCAAGGCUGCUUGUGGAGAAGGGCUUGGCUGUGGAAGUAGAGAGAAGAGAAGACGGAACCUUUAGCAGGGAAGACAUAACCAAGUCUUUGAGACUUGCCAUGGUGUCCGAGGAAGGGGAGAAGCUGAGGAUCCAUGCAAGAGAGGCAGCUGCCAUUUUUGGCGACCCGAAGCUCCAUCAGGAUCACUAUAUAGGAGGGUUUGUUGAGUAUCUGAAAACUGGGUUUGCAAAGCAGAAGUAAUAUGUCUCUUGCAGAACUAGUGAGAAGAUUAAAGUGAUAUGUCUGCCAAUUUUUGAGAAGUUCCAAUGUUGUUUACAAAAUUCUAAUUUCAUUACAAUAGUAUGAAAGCACGCAUGUGAAUCUUGAUUGCUGAUAAUAUUUGGUUGGGUGCAUAUGUAGUACGGAAUAUUGUACUCUUUUAUCAUCUUUUAAUUUUAGAUUAUUUAAUCACUUGA